GCUUGCACACGAAGAAGAGGACAGCACGUGAGCACGAGCGUCAGGAACCGUGUUCCAGCGCUUCGAACACGCGAGUUCUGCUCUGCCAGUGCAGAUCUACGUUGUUGCCGAUAUGCAAAACGCGGCACCGAUAGCCGGGCAGCCCUUAGGAGGGUCCCCUCGACGGCCCGCGCGGCCAGCUUGGCCGCCGCCUCCGACCGGCGGUUCUCCUGCGCGAGGUUCCAGCCCCGGGCGACUUCGCACGCCUUCGCCGCUCAGGCCCCCUAUAGACGUGCGCUCCGGCUUGCCGCCGCGUCCACCACUGGUAGUAGCACCAGGGGUGCCGGUUACGCUCUCGCCGCAUUUGCGGGCUGCCCCACCCGCUAGCGUUCAGCUACCGUCCGGCCGGUCGCCGGCUCGGCCGAUCCCCGUGGAUCAGAAUGUUCCUCCACCUCCGAAGCCUGGUGCCUCGCCGUCGGCGGGUCUGCCGACAGUAGCACCGUUCGCCGGACCGCCUGCAGCCGAAGCGGCACCGCAAGUCGUGCCGCCGUCGGCAACAUCUGUGCCUGCAUUUGAGCCAGUGCUGCCACCGCUAGAGCCCGAUCCUGCCCUAGUCGCACCUCUGGGCGUUCCGCGUACUCCACCGAGCGCGGCACCCCGAGCUCCGGCACCAGCAGCGACUACUUUUCCACCCGCCGGAGGCUCGCGUCUUCCAGCAACGGCAAGCGCUAACUUGGUUCCUGCGCCGUCUGCUGACAGCGGCGUGUCUCCCAGCGCAUCUGGUGCCUCGGCCACGUCUGCUGGCGCUAAAUCGAGUGAAACGAGGGCUCCAAACGGUUUGGGCGGGGACGCACUCAUCCUCAACAAACUGACUGAAAUUCAAGACCUGCUGACGAAGAAUGCCGCCGAAGCGGCCGAAGGCAAUCAAGCUGGUCUAGAUCUGAGAGCCAGGAACAACAAGGUCGCAUUUUCGAUCGCCGCUCAAUCUUUACCGUUCCUGCAGUCCACGGAAAUAAGAAACGGCGCUCAAGUUGGUGAACCUCAGCGGAAUGACGACGGUGUCGGACCAUCGUUUGCUUUCACUUACGCACCACCUCCGCGGUCUACGCAGAACUUGCCACGACCAGACAGAAUAGACGAACUCCCUGUGAGGUUCGCCUAUGCUCCCGUAUAUACGUCUCCGCCGGGAAAUACUUCCAGGCCACCAGUCAUCGCAAGUACCGUUCCACUUGCAUUCGCUUACGGGCCGACGCUCUCAUCUUUGGGACACGGUGUUAAUCAGUCCUCGAGGACAAUGGAAGGCCAACAAGGGCCGCAAACUGCUACUGCAUCAAAUGUCGCUGGACCGAGUAUGACAAGGGAUGUUCCGCUUGCAUUCGCUUACGCACCUGCAACAGCGAUGGGACAAAGUAACCCAGCAAACUUGCAAUCAGCAGGAAACGACGUUCCAUUCAACUUUGCCUACGCUCAUUCUGUGUCAUUUGCGCAGAGAGAAGGCAACAAUCCUCAAAGAGCAACAGGCGCCAGUGCACCAAGGCUCGAUCUCCCGCCAGUUCACGUCAUGAAUGAAGCAAGGACAAAUGAACUUCCUAUGACUUUUGGAUAUGCGCCUGCGUCAUCUGGACAUAACAAUGAUGCGCCGUUACCAACAGCCACGCCGAGGCAGAUGCCACUCCCACGCUACAGGUUCGCGUUCGGACCGCCAUUUUCAGACCGGACGGACGCAUCGAAGAAGUACUGGUCUUCUCUGUGCGUGGAAACCCCGGUAACCCAGGCGCAACCGCCCACGCAUUUUCCGCCUACCACUGUGACCAUACUGACAACGCCAGACCCACCACCCAUGCCUCCGCCUGAAAAGCCUGCAACAGAAAAGAAAAGUCGCACAACGUCCCCAGAGCCACGUUUAUCGCGCGAAAAAGUUUACGUCGAGGAAACCGAGGAACACGCCAGCACUGAAGAGAGCUACAAGGGGCGGCGGCGCUUCAUCAGAGACCGGCACUUUAAGCAGACUGAUGAAGAAGAAGAGGAAGAUAACGGUGAUGAGGAUAGUGAAGACGAAUAUGAGGACGAAGAAGGUGAGGACGAAGAUUACGACUACAACGCAUUCAAAGGACGGGCUAGUCGCAAUCGUCGUUGCUCAUACCAGCGUAGGCUGCAGCCAAAGGCCGAGAGACGGCAGCCCACAGCAGCUCCCCUCAUGAUGGGAAGACACUUGGAGCCGCCUACACCAGCGAUUGGUACGUACCGAGCGCCUUCGCCGUACUAUAUGCACCACCAGGCUCAGGCACCCAUGGUGAACUUCUACCAGCCGAGUCCACCGAUGGGAGCCAUGUUCCCUUCACCAGACGGCUACCAGCCUCCGGCCCCGAUGAUGCAGCCUCCUCCACCUAUGCCUGCCUAUCCUCAGGAACAACCUCGCAUGUGGACAAACCACCAGCAGUGGCCGCAGCCAACCAGCGCGCCGCCGGAGAGCAGCUUCCCGGAGAUUGGCAUUGUACACAGGGAGGAGCGGAUCGAGUACGAAUGCGCCUCGGGCCAGACGUGCCAGGUGCGAACCGACAACCGCACGACUGUCUCGGCUGACUGCGGCGUCGUGAACAGGACACCCGCACAGGAACACGCUGCCCACGGCGACGGGCGAGUUCCCUGUCUGUCUAGACAGCCAGCGAGGAGUGAAAUCACCGCCCUACCAAAGACGGUGACAAAAGCUCCAGAGAAAGAAAAGCGGCUGCAGUUGACUCCCAAUGUAGCUUUGAAGAUUGCCAGGGAUGUGGAAGAAAACAACGUGACCGCCCCCCCGGGGGACAAGAGAAAAGAAGUUGAAAUCAAGAUUACAGAACAAGUUCUAAUAGCGAUGAAGGACGACGACGAAACAGAAAUGGCCGAGGAAAACACUGCGGGAAGUUGCACACAGGUGAAAGUCGAAACUCCAGCCGUCGUCGUUGAGGCUAGAAGUGAGAUUGAGCUUCAAGCAGAAAGUGCUUCUAUGCCGGUCACACAGAAAGGAGGCGGUAAAUCUCCGGGUAAGAAAACUCAGCGAAGCCGCCCUGAACAGCGAACGGGAUCCCGCGGUACAUCGUGUUGCAGAACACUGAGUCCUUGCUUCCAAAAUAUAUGUCAGUCGAAGCCCGCGAAUACGGGUCAGGAACAGCCGUCGUUUUUCAGCUGGAUAAUGAACUCUUGCGCUAUGAAUGUACCUACAGACUCGUCCGAAUCGUCAGAGUCGUCGGAGUCUUCGGAAGGCUCGAACGAGCUACCGGUAAAGCACCAAAGGCCAUUGCCAUUUGUCAAGCGCAAGCGCAGUCAAGAUGCACGGCUUCAGCGAUUAAUAAAGCUAGACAGACUGCUUAGAGAGAAGAUGGCGAAAAAUCCUGAGCUCCGUAAGAUGCUGCCGGAAGAAGUGUUCCUCACCAAGGAUGAGACGGCGCGAAUACAGGAGCGCCAGGAGCGCGAAGCCAUGGCUGCUGUUGUUCAGCAGCGAGACGAAGCGGCCCAGACGAUGGACGCAGCGCAGGCCGACAUAAACAGGCUGCUGCAGCUCGAAGCGGAUCUCAAGGCAGAACUGGCGAAGCUGCAAUGCGCACGGAGGGAGCCGCUUUCGAGCAGGGCAAUGGUCGAGGAUGGCCGUGAAAAACUCAAGAGCAUCGCUGAGGCUACUCUUAUUGACAGCGCCGUUUUCGAGACACCGAAAAAAGAGCGAGUUACGAUGCGGGAUUUAGCGGUGGGUGUUCAUUAUGACGUCAUGGAGUCUCCAGGUCCUCCUCCUCCGUCACCGGAACCUGGAUGGCAAUCGAUGCUGUCUCGGCCCCAGAUUUUGGACAUUUGUGAAGCAAAAGGCACACAAGCGUCUCUUAUUGUUGAGAGCAGCACCGUUUCUGAAGAAGCCAGCGAGCGUGGGCUGUAUUUUGUUGGGAGCAGAAUGAAGAAGGAUGGUGGAGUAGAAAUUCUGUUAUCUACUCAACAUAAAAGGGAAUCAAACCGUGGGGACCGUACAGCCACUACACUGCACCGAAGUUCGUCACUUAUUCGGUCCUACAACGACCGCAAUGAUAAAGAGCGGCGUGAACACAUUUCGCGCCCAAGGCGAAAACGGCAAAAGACCGGCUCUUCGAGAGCUGGCACACCUGAGAGGCAUGUGCCGCUUUUUAAGGACAAGGCGUCCCAAACGACAGACACAAAGGCAGAAAAGAAGGUGGCACGAGUAACGGCAAAAAACCGUAAGGCAGAUACAUACACUGAAGUAAGCUUUUCUACUGAGGACAGCAGCGAUAUGCAAAAGCUCACAUACGUACGCAAGGAAAAAUCCAGCGUUUCAAGAAGCAAGCGCGCCCGAGACGACUCUAGCGACAGCAGCGGUUCUUACGAAGAGGGAGAGUCUCGACGCAAUUCGCUCUGGCCUCGACUUUCUUCAGUGAAGAUUACAACGCGACCACCUGCCCGCGUCCACGUUUUAAACAAAGGCUCGAAGCGGUUUCCAACUCGUGCGCCUGCGUCAAGCAAGGUUUCAAACCGCCUUCCGUCGACCAAAGCAACUGCAAGAUCAUCGACCCGGGCAGCGACAACAAUUAGUUCUAGCUCAAACGCAUCAUCGUUGCUUCAGAGAAGGCGUAGCCGGUCUGCAAAUCCGACAUCCCGGUGCAGUUACUACGAAAAUGCAAAGGCAUCUCGCUCGGUAUCGCCGCUGCAAAGCGUGCGGCAGUCACGUUGCACCUGGCAGCAGCACAAUGAGUCGACCCGACGCAAGCAAUCAUGCAGUACUGUCCUGCAAGUGCACACCGCUUACACCCCAUCCGACCAGCUGGCACAAAUUUGCCCACGACACUUACGCGAGUUUCAUCGCGUGGCCCUGGAGCCACACCUCUUGGAAGGAGAGAAGAACCGGAUGCAAAGCCAGAACUGGAAUCAACCUCCGCAGUGGUUUGACAAGACGAACAAUGCCCGUGCUCGCAAUGCCACUCCACAGCACGAUGGCAAGCAAGAGGAUAUGAAACUAUGGAAAGAUCAGGUAUACUUAUGUUAUCAACAGAACAACGACACCGGGCAAGGAGACCUCCCAGCGGCAAUGGCUUCGAGACUGGUUGAAGUACCCGACCGCCAAGCUGCCGCAGUAGUGAAUCAGCCAUUGUUUGUGACUGACCAGAUGGCUGCGCCUGGACCACUCGAAGCUGUAGAAGUGAGAACACCUUCGGAAUCUGCGAAACCGGCCACUGUCAAAGUCAAUGAGAACAGCGAACCAGAACAGGAGAGGUCUGGAACAACCAGUUCCAAUAUGACGUCUCGUACUGCCGGAAAUUCGAGCUACGGUACACCUGCACAGAGCCUUCCUUCCUGCUCCUCACUCAAGUCAAGAGAGCCACGCGUAAAGCGCCUGCAUGAUCCUCAGCUGCGUCGAAGUCGGACAGACGCUGUCGUCUACUUCUUGUUGUUGCUGGCCGCCCUGUUUUGUCUCUUGGCAGUUGUGGAUCUUUUUGCAGGCAAGGAUACAAAUGCUGGAUUUGAGGUCACCAUUAAGAAAACUGUUUCUACGGCAAUAACUACACGCAAACAUGCAUCUGUACUGCAACAUUCUCAUCGAGGUGUUUCCCCAUGUCACGAUUUCUACAGUUUCACAUGUUUCAGGCCAGCUUCACGAGUUGCAACAGACGUAGCUGUGGUUAGAAGACUGGAGAAGACUCUAUUGCAGCAACACGAUUCUCCACUCAGACCGCUUUGGGAGGAGUGUGUGAACGCUUCGUCACGACCAGACGCCUGGGCACAGUUUCGGCAGCUUUUGACGACAGUCUCUCUCGAAGGCUGGCCCUUCAGCAAGACCGCCCCAGCAAGGCCGCCGGCUGCAGUGUGGGAAGCCGCGGCGCUCUUACUGCGGCUUCUUGGUCUGCCAGCUUUGGCAUCGCUUUCCAUACGAGACCACCCGAACCACCAGGGCAAGUUCAUCGUAGCCCUAGAGCCACCCCAGCUGCUCAUCAAUGUUAGCGCGGCUGCUCACAACUGGAGUGUUCUGUGGCACACGCGAGCAGCGGGCUCGGUUAUGUCUGCUUUUGGUCUUGACGAGUCUGGCGCCGCGAGUGACGUCACAGUCCUGGAGCGCCGGCUUGCCGUAUUGGCGGAACCACCGCCUACUGAGACGUCGGGCUUAGUCGACAACAUGGCAGUGCUUUUCCGGUUCCGGCACUUUGUGGCACAGGCACUUAACCGCCUCGUGCACGUGUCGGACUCGACUGAGCUCUGGCUGCGUCACCCAUCAUUCGUGCAGGGACUUCUACGCCUGCUGGACGAGUCGCCUCCUCAAAUACCACUCAACUACCUCGGCUUCCGGCUACUGGUGCGCGUGGCGCCUUUCCUGCCAGCGGUGCCGGGAGGUGUCGGCUCACUGCUGGCAUUGCACCUGGCGCACGGCCGACCGCUCGAGCUGGAUACGGCGCACGCAUGCCUGCGGUUGACAAUGCAAGCCCAGCCGCACCUAGGCCUCCUGGCCGUGUACAAGGGAGGACGCGAGCUCUACGACCGGCUGCAGCGGUUCGAUUUCGCCGGACGACUGCGGGCUGCAGUCGAAGCGCGCCUACAGCAGUCCACGGGCCUUUUGGACGCGGCCACGCGCGCCCAAGCCCUGCGGCGGCUGCGGCGUCUCCAAGUGCGCGCCUUCUUCCCGGACUGGGUGCGUUCCCCACCCAGUGAGCAGCCGCUGUCGAGCCACGGCCUCGCAGCCUUCGUCGAGGCAAGCUCGCGCAUGACCGCACUGCGCCAGGGCGUGCGCCCUGAGGCGCGCUGGAUGGGCUCGCCCCUGGAUGGCCACUGCUCCCGGGGCUCGCGCAGCCUUUACGUGCCGGCGUCGCUCGCCGAACCAUCUACUGCAAGGCUCAGCGCCCGCGCCAGCGCCUGCCUCCUGCGGGCACUGCUCUUGGACACGCCCCCGUCGCUCUUGCGGCGCUGCUUCACAUCAGCAGAGGUGUUCAUCGAUGCGGCCGCCCUACCAGUAGCCUGGGAGCUGUUUCAGGCGACGCACCGGAGGACGCCUCGGAACAACUCGGCUGCCGACCUCUUCUUCACUCAUUUCUCGGCCGACCUGUGCCAGUGGCCUAGCCGGGUCAUUCUUCCCUUGAGCAGCUCGUCUGAAUUCCGAAGCACAUUUAACUGCAGCCGGGACGAUGCGAUGGCUAAGCUCCGCGCAUGCGCGGUAUGGGGUUCGUGAACUCGGGCAGUCUGGUCUCUUUAUUGCACAUUCGUGUUUCUGCUGCCACUCGGAAGAGGUUAUUUGUGUAUGGGAGAUGUGUUGCCCUUUGUUAUUACAAGUGCUUUGUUACACAAAUGUGCCUCUGUUUUCUUCGCACACUCCGUGCACCGCAAGCCUCGGCUUCCUUGGUGGCUUUGCAGCGAUUAGUAAGUGAUGAUGUCUUAC